AUGCUUCAUUUACCUGUUACAGAGAUACCUUAUGUACUGAAAAAUCUAUCAGGGCGCAGAGAAAGAGCACAAGAUAUAAGCUCUCCGUUACUUCAGGGUACUGACUUCUUGGACAGUGAGCAUCAGGUCUUCCUUAUGGUGUUAGGUGCUGUUGUCCUUUGGGAGCUGCUGGCCGGGCCACUUGAGUGGAUGGUUGACGACAGUCUCUAUGAAUACCUUGACUUUGUGGAUGCUGCUGACAGAUAUGAGAACCUUUGGAUCUGGAGCUACUUAGGAGCAUCUCUGGGUGUCUGCAGCACCGCAAUAUUUGUAGAUCAACUGAGUUGCUUUUUGAAUACUAAUAUUCCACGUUUUGCAGUGCAUUUCUAUGGCUAUGCCUUGUUCAUGACACUGACGUUACUUGUCAGUACCUUCUUUCCCAUUUAUGUUUCAGAAAAAAACGAACAUGUCAAUAAAACAGUCAAAGCUUUGAACCUCAUUGGGAGUGACGGUCGAACCAUCCUGUGUGCUGUCACCAUCUUCCUCACAGGAGCUAUUGGGUCAACUGUGCAGAACUUUCUUUUCUGGCAAAUGCAAGACCAAGGCAGUCAUGAAUUAUUCAUGGGCCUCUCGGUGACUAUUGGACUAAUUGCUGAAAUCCUGCUCUAUAUCUUCAAAAGCAAACUGCUAAAGGCUCUCUCUGUUGGUGGCACAGUUGCCUUGGGAUUAAGUUGCCUGGCAGCACAACUGCUCUACUAUUCUUUCCUCUGGAAUUCCUGGGCUGUGCUGCCAAUCCAGGUCUUCUGCGCUUUUAGCAAUGGUUCGUUAUGGUGGGCAGUGAACAUGCUGACAGACGACGUUGCUACUCCUGGCACAGAAAGGUCUCUGCACUUGGUCCUUCAAGGCCUCUCUCAUGGAUGUGGAGCCAGUUUAGGCAGCUUUGCAGGAGGGUUUGUUGUGAACAGCUUUGGUUUAGCAAUGCUCUACAGAGCAUGUUCCAUUACCUUAAUAUUAUGGCUAGUUUUGUUCUUGGUUGUUCAAUCUAAAUUACCACGACAGAAAAGGAUUAAUUAUUCCCGUCUCUUAGCUGCAGAUUCUAGUGAUAUGAGUGAUUCUGAUUAUGAUGAAGAGAAAGAAAGAGACUGGCUUGUAAAAGCUAUGAAAGAUGACAGCUUUGCUAGGAAUUGGUAACUGAUACUGGAUUUCAAUGGUCACUUCAUCAGAAAGUAGACUACAGAGAGUUAGGAUGAAGUUUUUAGAAAUAAUCCAUACCGGAUCUGUAAGAAUGUAUUCUAUUGGCAGUCAAUUUUAUGAUGUACAUAUUUGCUCAGGAAAUUAUUAUAAAGAUUUUAUAAAGAUUUUAUUUUCUUAAGAUUAAUUUAUUGUACAUACAGUAUUUAUAGCAAGUCUGCUUUUCUAAAAUAUUUAUUUUCAAAACUAGGGAAAGGGGGCUUUCAACAGAAAUACUGUUGAUUUUUUUUUCUUUAUGAGAAUUGGCUUUAUGGAGACUGAUCAUUUUUUAAAACAGAAUUCUUGCGUAAAAUGCUUCCCUUCUUACUUUUAAUCACAAUUAGUUACUUUAAAAAUGUUCUGCUUGCUUUUCUUUUUUAAAAUUAAAGGUCAUUACAGAUAUUUCAGUAUUUUGAAAACUGAGCUGAAAUUCUAGGACACUAAUUCUUUUGAAUGGUAUUUUUCUUAAAUCUACAAAAUACAUUUGAUCUAAUUUUUAAAAUGUUCAUAUAUAAAAUAUUUUUCCCCAAUAGUUGAAAUAUGACCAUAAAACCCUCACAAACUAUACAUUAGGGGUUAUAAAUUAGAAUGGUCACUUAUUUCCUGUCCAAAUGGAAGACAAACAUGCAUAGCAUUUGCACAUGGAAAUUUAUAUUUAUAUAUUGUAAAUCUAGGGAUAAAUGGAAAUAUAAUAUAUCUCACCAUAAUGAAGGAGCCUGGUACUUAGGUGUUGAUGAUUUUAUCUGCUACUUUCCCUUUUUGUUGUCUUUUAAACCAGAUUUGGCCUUCAAAUAGGAGAUUCUUCUCUAUAAAAUGUGGUCACACAAGCAGUUUACACAUGGCUUUAACGUUCUAUCUUGCAUUAAUAAUAUUUAGAAAAUUCUCAUGUUUCUAUACCACCUUCAGGAUAUAUGGAAAAGAUUAUUUUGGUUUUUUUUCUGUAUGUUUUAUUAUUCCAGUAUAAAAUAGGAUCUUUUGUAAGUAUCAGAGAGUUUAUCUAAAUACACAGCUGUAAUACAAUCUGGUUUAAGAGAUUUCUUUGUUCAGAACAAAAAGGCAAUAAUAAUAAACUGCUUUGAGGGCUAGUCUCACAGUAAAGCACCUGAUUCCCAACAAGCUGUUUAUUUAGAAAAUGCACUAACAAUAAUUGCCUUUGUAUGUACAAUUACUGAAGAAUUGAUUAAAGUUUCAAAAGAAUGUUGUAAGAAUCAUGGAAAAAAUAAUAUUUCCAAUUUCAUGGUAGAAAUAAAUUCACAUGCAAUCUCCACAAGUUUUUCUCCCAUUUUGCAGUUAAUAUUAAGUAUCAGCUCACUCUAUUUUUCCAAUAAAAACUGUUGCUGCUAACAAGUUGCCUUUUCAUUGGAAGAAGUUUGGCUUCUCAUUACCACAACAAAAUAAAAAUCCAUCCAUAGAUGUUGGGAAUGGAAAUUGCUUGGGUGAUUUUAUAGAUAUUGUUAUUGUUUUAUUUAAAAUCUUGCAAAUUUAGCAAAGGAAUGUAACUUGGGAGAUUAGAAAUAAAUACAGGAGUUUCAUUUUUGGAAUCUGCAAAAAUUUACAGAAUUUACAGAAUUUAAACUAAUCAAUCUACAGACAUAGGUCUACCUCCUUUUGCCAUUUUUUUAAAUAAAGUGCUUAUGAUUUCAAAGCAAUUUUAAAUAAGUGUUUGUGUGCAUGGUACGCAUAAAUAUUGCAUACUUAUACUUAGCUAAGAAAAUUGUAUUAGUGCAUUCUAUAUUUAUAAAUUAAUAGUUUCCCAUUUCUGGUAAGUACAAGGAAUGUACCUUCUUUCCAUUUAUUAUAAAAACUGAUUAUUGGUAUAAAAAUGAGAAAAAAGAAUUGAUUUGCCAUACAAUAUUAUGUUUUCAGUUCAUCAAAGGACAAUAUAAUAAUUGGGUGAGGGGAGGAGACAUAAUUUAUAUUUAUCGUAAGAAAUAGAUCACAUUCCAGGUUGCCAAUUAAGAGUUAUCUCUGUUUCAGAUUUACUUUGUAAAUAGUAAACUUGUACAAUGGAUUUAUUCUAUUGACAGAGUUGUUUUGAACUUUUAUUUAGUCAACUAUUAUUGUAAUAUUGCCUUUCCCAAAAAUCAGAGUCAAAAUAUGUAACAGUAUUUUCCAUUAAAUAUAUUUGGAUUCCCAAUUGUUACUUAAUUAUCAAAUUACUUGUUAGUAUCAUCAGAGAGUCAAAGAAAUGAAUUUAUAUGCACUCCCAUGCCGUAUAUCCAUGUGAAUGAAAUUAUACUACUAUACUUCUAAGACUCUCAUCACUGGAGGUCUGAAUGCUGGUGCUGGGAAAAGAGAUACAGGUAAUCCUCAAUUUAUGACCACAAUUGAACCCAAAAUUUAUGUUGCUAAACAAAGGAGAUGUUAAGUAAGUUUUUCCUCAUUUCUUGCCACAGUUGUUAAAUUAAUCACUGGAGUUGUUUAAGUUAAUAACACAGUAGUUAAGUGAAUUUGGCUUCCCCACUGAUCCUUUUUAUAACUUGGCACCAUAUUUUUUGAACAUUACACCCCCUUCACAGGCAAAGUAUUCACAAUGUGAACUUUGAAGGAGUGUUUCAUUGAUGAUGUUUCAUUUGACAAGCACCCCUUUGAAUAUGCUUGUCAAACAACGCUCCACUGUAUUGUAUUUCUUUUGUGUUGCUUUAGGGUCUUUAGCAUUUCUAGCAGGUAAAAUAUCUGUGCCUAUUUCCAUUCCAGAUUAGACACUUUCAUGCAUGCAGAGAGUUCUCUUGGCUAUAGAACUGCUGUUCUAUUCUCUAAGUCUUGAGGUGACACAAAGUACCUUUUCAUGCAGAAUUGCAUCACCACCUCAACAAACUGUAUCACCUCCAUAGCAUAGGAAGCAUCUUAUUUAAGUAAAGCACUGGUCCAAGAGAGAGUGAGAGAGGGGAGCGGGAUUGACAUUCCAACCUGAUUCUGCAUAAUUGCAUCAAUUUUUGUGUAAAACAAAGCAAUCUCAUAAUGUGCCAUAAGAUUGCUAGUCAUGCCAAUAGCAGACAUUCAGCAUUGCUUGCCAAGAACUGAUAAUAAACAUAAACUGCUUGACUGACAAACAUUAUUUGAAACAUUUUUAUGUAAUUUGCAGACAAAUCUCACAAGAUCCAGUAACCUAAGGCUUUUCUUUGUAUAUAAAGCCAUCAUUCCAUGUAUAUAAAUAAAUCCAUUUAUUUAUAAAUAAUAAAAUAGAUCCAUUUUUCUGCUUAAAAGGAGAGUAUUACUUUACACUGAUCCCAACCUUUGUGAUGAAGUAUAAGCUUUUAACUGCAUAUUUUUCCCAAUUCUGCUUUUAACAAAUAGGUCACAUUCUCUUUUUCUAUGGAGCGGGUGACAGCAACAAUAUUAUUGGUUCUCCUUCUUCACUUCCUCUUCCAACAUCGUCCGUAAUUAUGUUGAAUUUUAAAACAGGGUUUUUCAAUGAAUGACUUUGUUGAUUAAAGCUAUAAUCAGGAUGCAACUAUGAAAUGGUGGAUCCAAUAUCCCUUUAAGCUGUUUUUCUGCUAGUUCUACUUACUAUUUCUUAACUGAUGGUAAGAGAGUGGUUAAUCAGGCAAUUCCCACCUGGUUCUCAUAAGGUUAAAAAUCUGAAAUUUUAUUAAAAAUAUAUCCUUUUUGCUCACAGGAGCUUCUGUUUCUAAAAAAGUGAUUCAUAUUUUUAUCCUUUGCCUAUUUUUUUAUUUAAAUACUCAUUAUUGUCUUUCCUAUUCACAAUGGGGUUAUAAAUAUAAGAUGACACAAUGUUGAAAAUUCUAGGCAAUGCUUCAUUCAAUAAAUGAGUCAUUUUCAUAGCUUGGAACAUAUUUUCGUUUUAUGUAUAUAGUACAGAUGCAAUGCCAUCUUAAUUGCAUAAUAAUUACAUAAUUACAGUACAUAAUUUCUUUACAUAAUUACAACAAUCCCUUAAUUAGGAAACUUUGCAGAGCAUGUUUUCCAGAAUUCUUUCCAACCCUUUGUGAUUAAGAGGGAUCAGGGAGGAGUAUUUAUACCAGAAGAGUUAAUGGUAUUCUUAAUGGUAUUUAGCCUUACUGCCACUCCCAUAGGGAAGUAUUGGGAAAAAUUUAGGUGGAAUAGUUCCUAUUUGGAUAUGAUUUUUAUUUCGCUGGCUUCUCCCUCCAAAGCAUACAUCUUCAGUUUUUGGAGGAUUGUUCUAAUUUUGGAUAGAUCAAAUUCAGAGUCCGUUAGCCUGUCAAUAGUACCAACUCCCAGUUUCAAUAGCUGAUUGUUGUUUUUCAGCAAAACAUCUUUGGUAUAACCUUUUGUUUUGGAGGUAGGUUUAUUUGCUUGUUUGUUUGUUUGUUUAGUUCAAAAAGCUUUAUUGAGGUCUUUGACCUGUCUUGACAAUAAAAGAGUACAGUAAAAAGAGUAAUAGCUUAAUACAGCAGCUAGUUAUUAAAAUAAUGAUAGGGCAAUAAAACAGCGUAUCUAAUUAAAUUUUUUGCACAGUUGUGUAACUUGGUGAAAAUAUUUGGCCAUCUGAUAUAUGAGUAUAGGGUUAGUGUCCCUUAAAAAAUAAUAAACAUAAAAUUUAUCUGCAUGGCUCUCAUAUUGGAAUGAUUGGGGCAAUCAGAGGACACCUUGGGGCAUCAUAGAAAGAGCAAUAGAUGAGAACUAUUCUCAAGGUUUUUUUUAUUCA